CUGCUGCCAAAGGGAAGUGAGCUGGGGCUGGAGAGAUGGCCCGGGUUUGGAGCCCGCGGCCACCGCCGCCGCCGCCGCCACCACCGCCAGCAGGUUUGGAGCAGCUGCGGCUGCAACCGGAGAGGGGACCGGAGUCGCAGGUGGAGUGGAAGCGGCGCGUGUGAGUUGCCGAGAGUCGCCCUUGCCGGAACACCUCAAACUCUGGGCGGGAGCGCUUCAGGUGGGCUGAUCCGCCGUAGCCCCUACGCACCGCGCGACCCCGCUGGCCCAGACAGCAGGGCUGGGGUCUCCCAGGUGAGGGACUGGCACCUGGCAAGCUGAAUCCUCCGAGCCGGGCUUGAGGCCUUCCACAGUCUCCGGCUCUCUUCAAACUCAGGGCGGAAGCCGGAGGACCGUGAUCACCCCCGACCCGGGCAUUUUCUUGGCGCCUAGGCUGUGUCGGGGUUGUAGCGGCUGCGAGCCACUUCCUGCUGCCACCUUUCCAGCUAAAGAGCGACUAGCGCGUUCCGACUGUCUAGCUCUGCACCUCCCUCUCUUCUCUCAUUCAAGAACAAGUUUCUUUUUGCUCUCUAUUGGAAGUCUUGCCUCGGAAGGCCCGAACACCCAUCUGUGAGUCCUUCUCUAGCUCCUCGAUCACACUUCGAAAUAGCCACUUAUCGGCAGAUAGAGGUUGCUCCCCUAUCCACUCUCUUACUUAAUUGAUACUCCAUGCCCAGAGCCUUACCCAUUUUGAUCACCAGCUCCUUGCCCAUCUCUAUGUGACUUCCCCCACCCAUUUGAGUUCUACUUUCCUCUGGGCUCCAGUCUCUAGCCCCCAGCGGAUCUGGUCAGUCCCACCCCUGGGUGGGAGUGACCCAGGGCUCUGGCCCAGAUUCCCCACGCUGGAAGGCAGCUCCAAGGCAGGGAGAGAAUUGGGCAUAGGGCACGAACCUGGCAGCUCGGGAGUGGGCGCUCCACUCACCCCACAUAAGAAGAUGAAGAAGCGCAAAGAGCUCAAUGCAUUGAUCGGCCUGGCUGGGGACAGUCGGAGAAAGAAGCCCAAGAAAGGCUCAGGCCACCGACUCCUUCGCACUGAGCCUCCUGACUCAGACUCUGAAUCCAGCUCUGAGGAGGAAGAGGAAUUCGGUUUAGUUGGAAAUCGCUCUCGUUUUGUCAAGGGAGACUAUUUACGAUGCUGCAAAAUCUGUUAUCCCCUCUGUGCUUUUGUCAUCCUUGCCGCCUGUGUUGUGGCCUGUGUUGGCUUGGUGUGGAUGCAAGUUGCCCUGAAGGAGGAUCUGGAUGCCCUCAAGGAAAAAUUUAGAACAAUGGAAUCUAAUCAGAAGAGCUCAUUCCAAGAAAUUCCCAAACUUAAUGAAGAACUACUCAGCAAACAAAAACAACUCGAGAAGAUUGAAUCUGGGGAGCUAGGAUUGAACAAAGUCUGGAUAAACAUCACAGAAAUGAAUAAGCAGAUCUCUCUGUUGACUUCUGCAGUGAACCACCUCAAAGCCAAUGUUAAGUCUGCUGCGGACUUAAUUAGCCUGCCUGCUACUGUAGAGGGACUUCAGAAGAGCGUAGCUACCAUUGGCAAUACUUUAAACAGCGUGCAUCUCGCUGUGGAGGCAGUACAGAAAACUGUGGAUGAACACAAGAAAACCAUGGACUUACUGCGGAGUGAUAUGAAUCAGCACUUCUUGAAAGAGACCAAUGGAGGCAAUGAGAGCAGUCCAUCACCUUCAGCUACAUCGGAAUUUGACAAUAAAACCCACAGUGAGAAUUUGAAACAGGAUAUCCUGUAUCUUCACAACUCUUUAGAGGAGGUAAACAGUGCCCUAGUGGGGUACCACAGACAGAAUGAUCUUAAACUCAAAGGAUUGAAUGAGACAGUCAGGAACCUUACCCAGAGAGUCAACUUGAUAGAAACAGAUCUGGUUGCUAUGAGCAAGGUAGAAAAGCAAGCGAACCUGUCCCUCAGCCUGAUGGAUGAUAGAGCUGCCACUCUGAAAACAGAGUCCUUGCAUCAAGGGCCCAACAGAACAGAUACAUUAAAAACCCAGAGCAUAAAGAAAGAAGACAGUUCAGAUUCUCAAGUAUCCAAGCUCAGAGAGAAACUGCAGCUGAUCAGUGCUCUCACAAACCAACCUGAGAGCAACAGGCCUCCAAACACCACCGACAAAGAGCAAGUACAGAGUUUCACAUCAAAGCCAUCAGCAUUGUCAAAAUUUCCACAGUCUCAUGGAGAUCACAUUGAGAAAACUGCCCAGCUAAGACCUAUUGCCCUACCAGGAAUUUCUAGCAUCGAAGAUCUUAAGGGUUUAUUCCACAAGACUGGCCAGGACAUGGAUGGGAAGCUGACCUACCAGGACAUCUGGAACUCCUUUGGCUCUGCUGUGCCAGGACUAGAGACUUUGAGGGAGUUUGAUUCUGAUGGUGAUGGAAGAUAUUCAUUCCUGGAGCUAAGGGUAGCUUUAGGUGUCUAGUCUCAUCAGGCUUAUUUUAGAAAUGAUAUACACCCAGGACUACCUAAUAUCUACUCACCUAACAAGAACAACCAUUUUACUUACCCAUCAAUCCUCCAGUCCUCCAAACUACUGUAGCAGACACAUUGCCACAUUUUAACUUGUUUGAAAAAGCUAUAAAAAAGUUAUUUUUUUAAAAAAAGAAGGCCAUUUUACUUAUGUGAUACUCAGAAAUCUCUGAUUUCCUAAAACCGAUUAAGAUUUAAUUUCAGAGUUGCCAGAAAAAAGUCAAGCCCUCUUUUUUUUUCUCUUUCCUUUUUUUUUUUU